AUGGGGAUGACAUACGAUGUGUACCGAUAUUCUGACUUUAUAGUACUUGUGUUCGGCACCAUCGGUAAUAUUUUGGUUGCUAUCUCCGUACUGAGACAAAAGACUGUGUUGGAGAACAGGCACUACUUUCUUGUCUUACAACUUGCGAUCUGUGAUCUGGGAGUACUAAUCAUCUACCUUUCGGAUCGUAUUGCUAGUUACUGGUAUGAAUCGCUUUUUACUUAUUCCGUCAUGUCUUGUGCUUUAACUAGUAUAUACUACGUCUUUCAAGUCGCAGGAAUAUGUAUGAUGUUGGUAAUUUCAUUGCUUCGUUACCGUGCUACGGUGCAUCCAUUAAAACCUGCCAUUAGUCGACGGAAAUUGAAAGUCGUUUGUGGUUUGGUGUACCUUUUUGGUCUCUUUGCGGG